AUGGCGCCACCUGCAAAUCAACCGAGUGAUCACCAAGGUGGCUACUCGACCGAGCUAAAGAAGGCACUUGCCGAGAGGCAUACUAAUAUGAUCGCAUUUUCAACGAUUGUCGGAAUCGGGUUCUUCCUUCAAGCUGGGAGAAUUAUCUUCCUUGCCGGACCUGGCCUGGCUUGGAUUGCCUAUUUACUCAUGGGAGCUGCGAUUUGGUUUGCUUACAUAGUAGUCCUUGCUGCAGAGGUCACAGCCAUCGCAAACCUCUUCAAAUUUCAGUUCGAUCCAAAAUACCUCCAGCAAGUCGGCUACCCUUCUGGAUAUUCCGUUGAUUGGAGUUCCACAGCCAACAUCUCCCCGGCGGUGUUCGUCGUGCUUUGGCUGCUUUUCAUCCUUGGAGUCAAUCUACUGCGUGUCCGCAUAUAUGGAGAAAUAGAAUACAUAAUCGGUUGCAUAAAGAUGAUAUUCAUAGUGGGCUUGAUAAUGUUCAACAUCGUGAAUAAUGCUCGAAAUCACACAUACUUCAAAUAUUAUCAACAGCCAUGGGGCUUUGAUUCCAAGAACUUCACCUCCAGCUCUGGUCACACCUACGAAGGUGGAUCAGCUCAUUUUGCUGCAAUGUGGACGGCCAUGACGGUCACAAUUUUCUCUUUGAUCGGGUUCGAGGCUGUGUCGAUCACGGCUCCCGAGAGCAAGGACUUAGAAACGGAAGAAAACAUCAAGUUGGCCACAAGGAAGACUUCGCUGCGCAUUAUUCUCCUCUAUACGUUGGGUAUCUUUGUCGUGGGGCUGAACAUUCCUUAUGAUGAUCCGCAAAUUGUCAAUAACGAUGUGAAUUCAUUCGCUAACGGAGCUCACUCGGCCUUCAUUGUGGCCGCAGUUCGAGACGGCGUCAUUGGUUUCCCAACCUUCUUCAACGCCUUUUUCAUCUUUUCUGCCACCUCAGCAGGUAUGAAUUCUUUGUAUCUGUCGUCCAGAUUACUCCACGCACUGGCCAAUGUGAGCGGUGUUUGGCCGAAAUGGCCUAUAACCCAAUCACUCCGACGCCGACUGGAGCGCACAAGUGAGUCAGGCGUGCCUCGGGCGGCAGUUUUGACGAGUUGGUUUCUUGGGUGGUUGGGUUUGCUUGCUGUGAAGGCAGAAGCCGCACAGGUCCUAGGCAGGAUGGCCACAAAUGCGACUGUAUCCAUGUUGAUUACCUACACAGUCAUCUGCGGGUCGUUUCUGAAGUUUUUUAGGAGUAUCAGAAGAGCUGCGCAAGGACUCGAGCCUCCGAUAUUGAACACAGGACAAGAUCGAGCCGCAUACAAUCGAGAGGACAAAGCAAGAUAUCCGUAUAAGUCUCAUUGGCAGUUCAUGCGGGCAUGGUACGGCAUGAUCGCCUGUGGCGCUAUGGCUUUCUUCAACGGCUGGCGGACGGUCCAACCCAUAGCAGGGAAGGAUUUUGUGGCGAGUUACAUCAGUAUCUUCAUCUUCCUGCUCCUAGCAGCAGCGUACCACGUCAAAAUCGAUAAUUCUUGGAAUCCCUUGAAUUGGUCGAUAGCCGCAAGUGAGGACCUCUCAAAUCCUGAGAAAGCCCUACAGCCCAAUCCACUGUAUCGCAGGGGCAGACUGCAUCGUAAGGAUCGUGACAGUGUUGUGACUUACCGUAAUCUUGAAAAGCGAACGGACCUAGCCACCACAUUACGCGAUGCUAUUGGUCAAUACACAUUACAAACCGCAUCAGGUGUCGAAAAUCCCUUUGCCACGAAUUCAAUAGAUGGCUUUAUUCGCCUGGUCAACUUGAUCAAGAUAGCUCUCCACCUCCAGAAAACUUAUCUUCAGUCGAGAUAUCCAUCGCCAAACAUCAGGCAGUAUCUUUUGGAGCCUGCUCUCGUCUCCGAACUUUUGAACUUUCUUUUGACAGUCAAGGACAAUUGUCUCCGAACUUUAGGCUACCCACAUCCGCUCACUGAUCAUUUACUCCGCUUGAUAGGAGCUGCACUUCUAUCAGGGCUUCGAUUACUUACACUCUUCAAGAAAAAGCUUCCAAUUAUUGAAGAUUAUGAUUGGGUGUCUGAGGCGAACUUCCUAAAAUCGAGGCUACGAAAUGCAUUUACUGCCGCUGCCCAUGGUGGUUUCGAAGCUUCUGCGUUUGGUACGAUGCCUGGUCAGCACUCAUAG